CAGCCCUGUCAACUGUGGAGGGAGAUCUAGUGCCCUCCAGACCCAUGCAAGAAGAAUUCUCUUGGUGUUCACAGGAGUCACCAUGGCCUGGUCCUCCAGCCUGAAGAGCCUCCUCACAGUCUUUGUCUUUACCAGCUUGGCUGUCAGCUCUGUGGAGAGUAACCAGUGUAUGGUAUAUACAUGUGAAAAUGAACAAUGUACUGAGGAUACAGAUGAUUGUCUAGACUCUAAUGGUUGCUUCAAUCAAAUACAGAGAUUUGACACACCAUCUUCUGCUACAAACGAAACGUUUAAGCAAAAAGGGUGUUCUAAAGACCCAUGUAGUGAACUGGAAUUCUCAGCCACACUGGGGGAGCAACGGAGAUUUAGCUUUGUGAACCGUUGCUGCACAUCUGAUAACUGCAACAAAGACAAUAUAACACUAUCUCAGGCAUCUAAAGAAGCCAAUGGUAUUCAAUGCCUUGCCUACUAUGAGGAGCCAGGCACGCAAGGUAUCCUAAGUUUCCUCAACUGCACGGGAAACGAGACGAAGUGUGUUGCGAUUAUUGGCACAGCAGCGGGAAGCAGUCAUCCCUUUGCCUUUGUUAUCGCUGGGAUGGGCUGUGCGACAGAAAGCGCCUGCAACAGGAGUAUAACUGUUCUCAACAGCACAAAUAUCCUCACCUUCUGCUCGAGUGAGUUAGCUCGUUCUUCAUCAGUUCCGGAUAGAACUGGCCUUCUGCCUGCAUCCAUCUCAACAGUACCAAUGCUGAUUGUUCUCCUCCUGCUGAAAGUCUUGCUUUGAUCAUUCAGGCUCAGG